ACUUCAUUAUUAGAACGACCCUACACACUAUGUCAUCAAAUUCUUGAGGGCAUGUGCUUAUUAAAGAGAGCCAAUUGAAUGCAACAUAAUUCUGUACCUUAUUCACUAAAUCUCUAAUCACUAGUAAGAGAAAUGACUAGGGAUUCAAUCAAGCAAGAAUACCCAAAUGGAAAUGGGCAAGUUCCCAUUUCAAAUUUCAACCUACUUAAUCUCAACGAUACACUUGUUCAAUCUCUUAUAAAUCAUCACAAAAAUGUUGUAUUAUCCUCAACAAAAACUCCAAUUGAUCCAAUUUCUUCACUCAUCUACACCAAAGAAAACCCUAAUUAUACUACAAUCCUAAAUUCCCACAUUAGAAAUCUUAGAUUCAUAACUCCAAGUACCCCAAAACCAAUCCUAGUUCUAACCCCAACUCAUGCAUCCCACAUUCAAGCAUCCAUUCAAUGGGCUAAAAAACAUAACAUACUCAUCAAAAUCCGAAGUGGUGGGCAUGACUAUGAGGGCUUAUCCUACGUAUCUCGAGACAAUCAAAAACAGCCCUUCUUCCUCCUCGACAUGUUUAAUCUUCGAAACAUCGAAAUCAACAUAAAAAAUGAAACCGCAUGGGUUCAAACUGGUGCAACCCUAGGGGAACUUUUUUAUGAAAUUUCUAAAAAUAGUAAUGUGCAUGGUUUCCCUGCAGGAGUUUGCCCUAGUGUGGGUGUAGGAGGGCAUAUUAGUGGAGCCGGGUAUGGGAAUAUGAUGAGAAAAUAUGGAACUACAGCUGAUAAUGUAAUAGAUGCUCAAAUAAUAGAUGUUCAUGGUAGGUUACUCGAUCGUCAAGCAAUGGGUGAGGAUCUAUUUUGGGCUAUUCGUGGUGGUGGUGGAGCUAGUUUCGGUGUUAUUUUAUCGUACAAGAUAAAACUUGUACGUGUACCCGAAAUAGUUACAGUUUUUCGUGUGACGAAAAAUAUACAAGAGAAUAGUAAUGCUACUCAAGUGUUUCUUGAAUGGCAAGAAAUCUCAAAUACAAUUGAUGAAGAUUUGUUCAUAAGAUUAAUGGUGGAUGUAGUGGACUUGGAAAAGGGACAAAAGACAAUAAGUUUGACAUUUGUUGCAUUGUUCUUAGGAGAUUCAAAAAGGCUUGUUUGUUUGAUGAAAGAAAAGUUUCCUAAAUUAAUGUUGAAAAAAUCAGAUUGUCAAGAAAUGACAUGGGUUGAAUCUGUUCUUUUUUGGGGUGAUUAUCCAAAUGGUACACCAACUGAAGCUCUUCUUAAUAGGUACCCUUUAAAAUUAAGUCAUCUAACAAGGAAAUCUGAUUAUGUCAAAGAACCAAUCUCGAAAAUCGAAUUUGAAUUGAUAUGUAACAAGAUGAUUGAGCUUGAAAGUCCUAGGAUGAUAUUCAAUCCUUAUGGAGGGAGGAUGAGUGAAAUUUGUGAAAGUGCAAUUCCAUUCCCACAUAGGAAAGGCAACUUGUUUAAGAUUCAAUAUUUAGCUAAUUGGGAUGAGAAAGGUAAGGAUAAAGAGAUACAUUACAUAGAAUUCGUUAGGAAGUUGUAUAGUUUUAUGUCUCCUUAUGUUUCUAAGUACCCAAGACAAUCAUAUCUCAACUAUAGGGAUCUUGAUUUGGGUAAAAAUAGACAUGAUGGUGCUCUUAGUUAUUUGGAAGGGAGAAAGUAUGGGAUUCAAUAUUUCAAAGACAAUUUUGAUAGGUUGGUUAAGGUUAAAACAUUGGUUGAUCCUCAUAAUUUCUUUAGGAAUGAUCAAAGUAUUCCGACUCUUCCUAUAUAGGAGUCACUUACAUUGUAUUGUUUUACAAAUUUAUUUCAAUUGUCUUAUCUAUUUUUGUCUUGUAUGAACGUGCUUUGCCUUUCUAAUAAAUCAGAUUGGGCUAUUUUUGUUGUGAAGUAAUUAACUUGUCUUAAUUCUACUUUUUUUUAAUAAUAAGG